AUGGCCGGCAGAGACCACGAUGCCCGAAGACUGGCGAAUCCAACAAUACACCGAAGCCCUCAAACCCUACAUCGAGAGACGCUGAAGAGUUCCAUAGAGCCCAGUCCAACCCACAGACAACCAUGGUUCCGCAAGACGUGUACGCCGAACUCAGCCGCAGGAUAUUCCGGAUCUGGCUCCCGGAUGAUGUGGGUGGAAGGCCCGGACUCCCCUGGCAAUCCUUUCCUUUCCCAGGCCGCCCUGAAAGCCGUCGAUGGAGUCAUGAACGCCGGAAUCCCCUGCAUUUCGUACUUUUGCAAGUCCCGAUAUAGCUUCGCCGGCAGUGGCAGAAGCGGGAGCAAGUCAGCAUUAUCCCAUAGAGACGCGGCAGUCGUAUGCCUCCUCUACUCCAUCAUCCGCCAACUUGCCUGGGUGCUUCCCAGAGAAGGCUUCAAAGCGGGCAAGAACCUUGACGGUGACCAAUUCGCAAAGCUCAACGGGACCUUGCACAGCCUUCCCACCGCGUUGAACAUCAUCAAGGCACUCCUCGAAUACACACCGCCUGUAAUAAGUUGGGUCAUUGAUGGGCUGCAGUUCACAGGGGACAAGGAGAGCAUGGGAAAACUUUGGAAUUUGAUAACUCUCCUGCGCGAGCACAUGCAGGAUUCGAGACGGGUGUCCAAGACUCUGUUCACAACUGAUGGCCGGAAUCAAGUGCUGGUGCGCGGCACAACGGCGCGGGAGAGGGUGGAUGCAUUGGGGCUGGUUCGUGCGAGGGGAGGAAAAGCUUUUCCGGGUGCAGUUUACAUGUAA